GGUUUGCAAUGAGAAAUGGAGAAAUGUCUCGAGAGAGGGAUCUAUAUUUGUAAUUCUUUUAUCUAUGCCUGUCAUCUUUUUCUAUUAUUAUUGUGUCUAGACUAGGGCUGCAAUUGUGUCGAAAUAAACAAAGGAUACAAGUUAGUAAAAACUGUUUUACAUAUUUUUAUUUUUCCGUCAUUUUUACUUCAAUUAUUAGGCAUGUAUCAAUUAGUUAAUGAUACAUUAUCGUAUGUGAUAUUCACAAAUCCUAUAUCAAGUACUUUAAUAGAUGUAGCAAGAAAAACGGGAUACGUAAAGCCAAAAGCACAAGUGCCGGUUAAGACUAUACAAACAAUGCAACCUUUGUGGAACCUCAUUGGAAAUUCUAGAUAUAUAAUUCGAGUGGCAGGAAUUUGUGGAGCAAGUGCUGUAAUACUUGGAGCAUAUGGUUCUCAUAAGCAUUACCCUGAAGUAGAUUCUGGACAAAAAGAUUUAAGAAAAAUUUAUGAAACUGCAAACCGAUUUCAUUUUAUUCAUACAUUAGCAUUGUUGGGAACUCCACUUUGUAGAUAUUCUAAAUUGAGCGCUACUUUUUUCUCAAUGGGAAUGUUAUUAUUCUGCGGCACAUGCUACUAUCGUGCUUUUUCUGGAGAACAUAAAUUUAGUCAACUAGCGCCUGCAGGGGGAGUUUGUCUUAUUUUGGGUUGGCUAGUUAUGGUUAUCUGAAUACUAAAAUACAGAAUGAUUUAUUGAUCUAUAUAUAUUAUCCUUGUUACAUAAUAAUUUUUAAAUUUUAUUAUAACUGUAAUACAAAAUAAAUAAAAAAGUAUAA